AUGGAUGCCAACAACAACUCUUGCGCUCUCGAACCCACCCUCGACGCCCCUGCAAUCGAGACCCCUGAGGCUCCGACCCCGGGGGACGAGGAUGCCGCAACCCAUGGCGCCCAAGACGUCAGGCCUGCGGCAUCCGACAUCAUAGACAUCAACGAGGAAAUCUUGCGCCUAGGUAGGCUCGGAGUGUAUGCAGUCCCCGUGCGCAUCCUCACAGACGCUGCCGGCAAGAAGAGGACCGCAUUUCCAAGCGGGGGUUGGAAGUCGUUUCAAUCAAUCGAGUAUUGGAAGGCGCACAUCCACGAUUGCCUCCAAUGGUCCGAGGCAAACGGCCUCGCAAUCUUGACGGAGCCGAGUGACCUAUACUGCAUCGAUAUCGACGUUGCAAGCACCAGAGUCAAAAGGUCGGGCGCUGAGAAACAAGCCGGUACGGAGCUUUGGGGCGAGCUAGUGGCCGCGCACGGAGAGCCUGCAACUCUGAAGGCGGUGACCGGGUCAGGGGGGUUCCAUUAUUACUUCUGGUCUUCUGGUGCUAGCUCGCCGGUCGCUGCAGAGCUGAGCGAUGGCCUCUCGACGCCCCCAUCUUUUGCAAGCGCCGAUGCGGGCGCUCCGAGUUCCUCCUUGGCGUCGGGAGAUGCAGCCCCCGAGUGGGUCGGAGAGGCUUCGGUUCCCGCGCACCUCGAAUUGCUCGUGCGUGAGCUCAAGACAAUGCUGAGAGAGAAGGCAAAUGAUUCGACGAGCGUGAGUGCAUUCUUGAAUUUUGUUGCGGAGGUUGCUCGCACUGGGGGGGGGCAGCCUUUUGAAGGGCUUGCAAAAAUCUUCAGCCUCAUCUACCAGACUGAAGGCCGCAUCUUGAACACGGGCGAGAAGAAGAUCUUUUUCUUUUGGGACGGGCGUGGGUGGAUCGAGGAUACGUGCAACAAAGUCCUCGGUGUGUUUGCUGCUCAGAUGGGCGCGCUUCUGAAUUGGUAUGAACAAGAACGCCUUGGCCUCUUUCUGAGAAUUUUCCUUGACAAGCUGAGCGAAUUGGAUCCAGCUCUAAAGACCAUCGAUAAAGCAGCGGUGCAGAGAUAUCUGAGCGAUCCCAAGUGGAAGCAAAUCAGAGAUGAGUCAGAGCGUCAAGUGAAAGUGGAUCUCCCAGCGAUUAUUUUCAAUGUGCAGGAUCCGACCGUCGUCAGGAAAUGCCUUCAGUACGUCGUGACGGACUUGUACGUCGCAGACCUGUCGUCUCACAUGAACAAGGAUCCUUUGCUGGUAAACUUCCAAAAUGGCGUUGGGUACAUCCCCACGGGCAAGCUCAUGAAACCGCACCCCUCCCACCUUUGCAGCCUGAUGGCGGGUGGUGAAUAUCAUCCAAGACCCAUCGGGACACGGUCUAGAUUCAAGGAGUUUCUGCUGGAUGUUGCAAAUGGCGACGAGGAGGUCGUACGGUGGAAAAUCCUGUGGUUGGGAUACUGCCUGUCCGGAUAUACGGACGAGGAGCUGGUAGUAUUUUGGUGGGGGGAAGGAGGGAACGGGAAGGGGGCAUUGAAGCAGGCAAUACUAGCUGCUUGGGGGGAUUACGGGAUCAUCUGCUCCAAGCACAUCUUCAUGAAGACCAAAGACGAUACUGCGAGCGCUGCAACGAGUCAUCUAGCCCAAUUGCAAGGCGUCCGUAUGGGCAUCGCCGACGAAUUGGAUGAUGGCAAGAUCAUAAAUGCCGCCACGAUCAAAGAGCAGACGGGAGGAGGCUCGAUCUCCGCCCGAGAGCUAUUCGAGAAGAUGAAGAACUUCAUUCCAACUCACAAGCUGGCUCUGCUGACGAACAACAAACCCCGUAUUCCAGUGGAGGAGGUCAAUCAAGGCCUUCUGCGUAGGAUUGUCCUGGAAGUAUACCCAAAUCAGUACGUAGAGGAUUCCGAAUUCAAUCCCGAGAUUGCAACCCAUCGAAGGGCAGAUGUUGGUCUGAAGAUGUAUCUCGAGUCGAAGGAGGGUAUCGAAGACGUUACUAGGGUCGUCUUUGAGGGCGCACAUGAAUGGUACAAGCUACGGACGGCCAACGACAAGAUUCAAAAGGUGCUCUGGCCUAGACCCAGAGUCUUUACGGAAGCAUGCAAUGAAUAUCUGAAGGAAAAUGAUACGUUGUCUACGUUUCUGGAGCAAGAGUGCUUGCUUGGACCCAACGAAGUGGUUGUGAUGAGCGAGUUGUCCACGGCCUACAAGGCGAGGGAAUGCGAGGACCAGCGCAUGACUUCACAGGCGUUUACGAAGGCCCUGAAGGCACACAACAUCACCACCGACCGUAAGCAUCCACAAGUGCCUAAGCUUAACGGAUACGGCUCCGGAAGGCCGUACAUUGGAGUCAGAUUGCUCAGGCAAGAGGAGUUAGAGAAGCGGCAUGCAACGGCCAAGGUUGAGGUGCGUGAAUGGCAAAAGGGGGGAGGCUGA